CUCCGCCUCUCUCAAUAAAAAUUUCGACUGCGUCGGGUCUAGGGUUUCCAGAAGAACUUCGAUUUUUUUGCGAUUCAAUCAAAUUUUUCUUUUUUAUCGUGCCAAAUCGAAACAAAAUCUGAACGCUACCCAUCUAUUUCUUACGAUUUGUUUUUGUGUUUUCGUUAAAGAGAGGAGGGGGAAUUUCAGAUCUGAAAUCGAAAGCGAAAUCGAAAAGGGGUUGUGCUUCUUUGUGUAUUGAGGAUGUCUCGGUGCUUCCCAUACCCACCACCUGGCUAUUCGCUGAAUACAGCAGCCAAUAAUGAAGCCUUGAUCGAAUCGAUUAAGCUCCAAAGGGAGAGGGAGAUAGCUAAAGCAGAAAAGAAGGAGAAGAAGAGGGAAAAGAAACAAAAGAAAGGAAAGAGAAGAGAAGAGAAGAAGGCAAAGGAGUCAAGUAAUCCUGGAUUUGACAAGGCCACUCACGAGUCCAAAGGAAUGUACUUGUUUAAAUGUCUAGAAGACGAAGCUGAACAGUUGGAGAGGAGCAAUCUCACUGAGGAACAUGGACAGGCUGUGUGCUCACAGAAUUCCAGCUGCUCAUCUGACAGCACCCAGAAUAGCAAUAAAAGGAAGAGGCCUGCCUCACCUUCACAUGGCAACAUACAGGCACAUGGUAGCAUUAUCCGCAUUCGUUUGUCUAAAAAAGGUGGGCAAGGUGAGAUGUCAACUGCCAAGGAGAAGCAGUUGCGAAAACCAGCCCAAAAAGAUGCAGAAGUUACAGUCAGGACAAUUGCAGAGAGAGCCAAUCCUUUGCAGAAAGCAACCAACAAUCAAUGUUGUCCGUCCCUAUCAGUUUUAGAGCCAAGUCCAUCCACGUCUGGGUGGACAGACUGUGUUGCUGUAGACAAGACGGCAACUGCCUUAUGCUCCAAAGAGCAUGAGAACAGCAUAGAAUUUCAGUACAAGAAUUUGAUAGAGAACUGGCUUCCGCCAAGUCUUCAAACUGAGCAUCUUGGUGUUGACGAUGAAUCGUGGCUGUUCCAAAGAAAACCUAAGCACACACGAGUGGGAGAAAAAAGUGUGGUCAGCAAAGAAGUCAGCAAUGAUUCAACAUGUGGAAGCUCUGCAUUAUGGCCACGGGCGCAAUACAUUCAUGAUGCUGAGUUGUAUGCAUUGCCCUUCACAGUUCCCUUUUGAGUCAUUUCUAACUGUGUAUAGUUAGUUUUUAGCUCGAUAUACUGCGCAGGGAAUUUUGUAGCUCUUCUCUGGGAAGCAGCUGUGGUUUAGCCUGGAGUUUAGGCACACAGAUAAAAACUUUAAUUCUUUUUACUUUCUCCAGCGAGUUACAUCACUUUCUUAGAGUUCUUUGUGCUGGUUGUCUUAUUUUAUGUACUUACUGGCUUUUACUACAGAGCAUUUGUAAAUGAAGUUAAAAAAAAGAAGAGAAAAUAUGGACACAUUUAUUAAGGUUGAGGA